AGAGCCUCUAAGAUCCGAUCUACAAACCUACUCCGCCAUGGCUCUCACCGUCGAGAAAACCUCCUCCGGCCGGGAAUACAAAGUCAAGGACAUGUCCUUGGCCGAUUUCGGUCGCCUGGAACUUGAAUUAGCCGAGGUUGAAAUGCCCGGUCUCAUGUCUUGCCGGACCGAAUUCGGCCCUUCUCAACCCUUCAAGGGAGCCAGAAUCACCGGUUCCCUCCACAUGACCAUCCAGACUGCUGUCCUCAUUGAAACCCUCACCGCCUUGGGUGCCGAAGUGAGAUGGUGCUCAUGCAAUAUUUUCUCAACCCAAGACCACGCCGCCGCCGCUAUUGCCCGUGAUUCGGCUGCCGUGUUCGCCUGGAAGGGGGAAACCCUACAGGAGUACUGGUGGUGCACGGAGCGUGCUUUAGAUUGGGGCCCCGGUGGUGGUCCUGACUUGAUCGUUGAUGAUGGAGGUGAUGCGACGCUGUUGAUUCAUGAAGGAGUCAAGGCUGAGGAGGAGUUUGAGAAGACCGGGAAAGUUCCCGAUCCGACUUCGACCGACAACCCUGAGUUCCAGAUCGUGUUGUCGAUCAUUAAGGAAGGGCUACAGGUCGACCCUAAGAAGUAUCACAAGAUGAAGGAUAGGUUGGUUGGUGUGUCUGAGGAGACCACCACUGGUGUUAAGAGGCUCUACCAGAUGCAGGCUAAUGGUACUCUGCUUUUCCCUGCCAUUAAUGUCAAUGACUCUGUAACCAAGAGCAAGUUUGACAACCUGUACGGAUGCCGCCACUCACUCCCCGAUGGUUUGAUGAGAGCCACCGAUGUUAUGAUUGCCGGAAAGGUCGCAGUUGUCUGUGGUUACGGAGAUGUCGGAAAGGGUUGUGCUGCUGCCAUGAAGCAAGCUGGAGCCCGUGUCAUUGUCACAGAAAUCGACCCCAUCUGUGCCCUUCAGGCCACCAUGGAAGGUCUCCAAGUCCGAACCUUGGAAGACGUCGUCUCAGAAGCCGAUAUCUUCGUCACCACCACCGGCAACAAAGACAUCAUCAUGGUCAGCGACAUGAGGAAGAUGAAGAACAACGCCAUCGUCUGCAACAUUGGACAUUUCGACAACGAAAUCGACAUGCUCGGACUCGAAACCUACCCUGGUGUGAAGCGCAUCACCAUCAAACCCCAAACUGACAGGUGGGUGUUCCCCGAAACCAACACGGGCAUCAUCAUCUUGGCUGAGGGUCGGCUGAUGAACUUGGGUUGUGCCACCGGCCACCCCAGCUUCGUGAUGUCAUGCUCAUUCACCAACCAAGUGAUUGCCCAGCUUGAGCUAUGGAAGGAGAAGAGCAGUGGGAAGUACGGGAAGGAAGUGUAUGUGUUGCCCAAACAUCUUGAUGAGAAGGUAGCUGCCCUUCAUCUUGAAAAGCUUGGAGCCAAGCUGACCAAGCUGAGCAAGGAUCAAGCCGACUAUAUCAGUGUGCCAGUCGAGGGUCCAUACAAGCCAGCUCAUUACAGGUACUAAGCUGUGAUUUUGGGGGCAAUCUGAAGAGGGUUAUAUGUGGUUGCUUUAUGACUACAAGAUACAAUUUGAUUAUGUGUUGUUAGCUUUGGUGAUUUUUAUGGGGUUGUGUUGGUGGGAAAGUAAGUGAAUGGUGUUUCUUUGUUGAAAGGCCAUUGAAUAAGGGUUUUUGAGUGUGAAAGGGUUGUGUAACACCACUUGUAGUAGGGUUUUUUUGGGGUUAUUUAUAGGUUUAGUCUUUUGUCACUUGAAUUCAUGAGGAAAUCAAAGAAAAGGAGAAGACUUUUUUCUA